GAGAGAGUUCCUUGGUAUUAUCUAUGCCCUAGAACAAUAUGGCUCUUAAGUAGAUUCAAUAUGUUCGAUACUUAACCUAUCUUCAAAAUUGUAUAAAUUAUUGAUGAGGAUUGGACAUUAAGAUGGCAUCUCGUAGUCUCACAGAAGUUUUCGUUUUAAUGCGAAAUAAUGCUAUGCAAAGUAGACAUAUUUAUUCUGAACAACAAGUGACAGAUCGGAUGUCUCUGGUUGGUUCAGAUAUUGAAUCAGGCCUAGAACUCCGCAGAUCAGGAGAAUCACGGAUGCCACCUGCGUGGGCUGAUGGGCUAGAAGAGGCUCAGUAUUCACUUACUCGAUUACGAGCCAAAAUUCAUGAUCUAGAUACCCUUCAUACUCGACACCUCCAUCGACCAACUUUAGAUGAUUCAUCUGAUGAAGAGCAACAGAUUGAAGCACUUACACAAGAAAUUACUAGGAUGUUUGGUGCAGCCCACCGUCUGAUCCAGCAGAUACGUCAUCAAAGUAGUGAGGGUGGUCGCCAAGAACAAAGACUUUCUUAUAAUGUUGUUUCAUCAUUAGCUGCAACAUUACAGGAACUAACAGUCAACUUUCGAAGGUCACAGAAUUCAUAUCUCAAAAAGUUAAACUCAAGAGAGGAACGUUCAAAGCAGUAUUUUAACACAGUAUUGGAUCAGGACUUAUCACAAGGUGUUGACUGGGAAGUGGAUAUUGAAGCAGAUAGUAUUGACCACCAGUUUGGUCUGGGACCCACACCUGGUCACCUCACACAGCAGCAACUACUUUUGCUAGAAGAAGACAAUACACGGAUGGCAGCUCAUAGAGAACACGAAGUACGACAGAUAGUCAAAUCUAUUGUUGAUCUAAAUGACAUUUUCAAGGACCUUGCACAUAUGGUUGCAGAUCAGGGUACAAUUUUGGACAGAAUAGACUACAACAUUGAUCAAUGUCAAAUUCAGGUACAUCAAGGCUACCAGCAGCUUCAGAAGGCCGACAGUUACCAGAAAAAAAAUAGGAAGAUGGUAUGCAUUCUUAUUCUUGCAUCAGUCACAGUAAUUCUUCUCAUACUUUUAAUAAUUGUUAAAUCAUAAUUAAGUGGAUGUAUUAAAAACUCAGUUGCUCUCUUGAAAGAAUCUUCUGUGCUUCUGUACAUAAUAUUGUCACAAUGCAAGAACAAUUCGUUGAUGUUACAACUUUAUUCCACAAUAACAAAAACUGUGUUGGAUCCCCCCCCCCCCCAAAAAAAAAGAAUGAAUUUUAAAGUAUUUACUGCUAGAGCUGGGGUUUUACAUUUCUUGGAGAUGUUUUAUACUGUUAGCACUAGAAAUUCCAGAUUUAGUGUACAGUUCUUUGUAACUUAAUAUUGGUAGAUAUGAGGUUGUUUGAAGGUUUAUUUACGUGACUACACAUUACCAAAUCACUGGUGUUUCUUCUACCUCAUAGUUUCCCUCUCCUUCCCAUUAUUAUCUGGUCCUUUAGUUAUUUUCUUAGCACAAUGCUAAAUCAUAGACAGUUGUGCAGUUGUGUUUUGAUAUUUUAUUGGGUUCAGAGUUGAUGUCUUGGCCUCGUGUUUGUUCUGUGAAUCCUAUGAAAGUACAGUCAUGAAAGUGAAACUGGAACAGUAGCAAAAGGCACACAGCAAAAAAUUCGAAUGACACGAACAAAAGGCAGGCUUAUCAGAGGCGAAUCCAAAGUCUGUUUUGAUUUUUUUUAGCACCCAUAAACAUGGUGUAGAUUUUACUGAUUAGAGUGUUCUGAAUUAUUAUGUCAAAAUACUGAAAGAGUCGUAUUAUCUUCUGCAGUUUACUCUCUUUUACCAUAGACAAAGAAACCAUUUUUAAACUAUACAGAGAGUGAGACAGUUUAUCAUUGAAAGCUGCUGCACUUAACACCAUAACCUCAAAGUCUAUUGAAAGUGUAAAACUUACUUUUAUUUCUCAGAAAGAUCAUCAAGAAGGGAAGUUGCUUUGCUGAAUAGUACAUAGCAUUUGGAAUUCAUAGUGUUUUUAAAAAUCAUAGGUGGUACUAUUCUAUGUAGACUGAUUGCACAUGAUACUCCAAUUGUCAGAUCACGCAAAAAGACUCCAUACACAACAUGGGGAUUUUCUACACUCCAGGUGUCACUGUUAUGACUGUUCACAUAGACACUUAAAAUAAAGUAUGUCUCGUUAGAAUAUGAGACGUGGAUCAACAAUUUUUUCUGACUUCCAGUGACUGAAACCUCAACAGUACUGAAUUUUUUUUGUUGCAUUCUGUCAGUAUAAGUGUUUGCAUGUCUCCAAUUUUGUAGACCCAUAACUCUAAAUAAUUUUGUUGUACUAUAAACUAAAACAAUUGAAAUGCCACAUGGUAGAGCAAUGUGGCACUGUGAUUUUUAGGGACUAUCUUCUAGUCAAGGCCAGAGACAAGCUGUGGACUCUUUAAAAAGGCAACACAUAACUGUCAUAUAUCAGAUGCCUAAUUUUGUAUAGACUAAACUGAAGUUUUUGUGGGGGUGAAGAGGGAAAAUACAAGGGGGAAAAGUACUAGGCAUUUGGUAAUGCCUGGUGAUGUAAGUGAUCCUUUAAUUAACCGCUUGUUUAUUGGUGAUGUAAUCUCACUGUCUUAUUCAAGUUAUAAGGAGAGAUGUGCUAAAUUAACUCCCAUCAAUGUUGGUGGUAUUAAAGCAUCUCGAAUGAAUUAGUCUGUCCAUUUUGGCAGUAAAUAUGUCAACUUUACACCUGGCGAUACACAUUAAUAUUAUAUAUGCACCAGACUCUUUAAAAGAACAAAUGAGCUUUCAACCCUUCAGUUUCUGAUCAUUUUUUUACUGUGCACAAGUUGCAUCUUUACUUUUUGGAAGUGAAGCCGUAUUUACAUCUACCAUAUCAGGAUUACUAAAGCUAUUUAUUUCAGGAAUUUCAGUAUUGCUGAUUGCUGGUACUUGUGAGCGGUAGUUAAAUUUCAUAAUGUGAACUUUUUUCUAUUCUCUAACAUUAGUUUGUAUUACAUUAUCAAACAGUAGACACACCAGAGUGCCAUAAAGCAGUGGCUGCAACAGCCAUGUAGAACACAUUCCAAUGUGGCAGAUGAAAAAUAAAUCAGGGUGGUAGAGGGUAAGGAAAGGAUGUAAUAUCUACUUUGUAAAAUUUUCCAAUGUAUGUGGGCUAUAAGUAAAAGUAUGAGGUAGUAAGCACCUCUGAAACAUAAGUCAGUUUCUACCAGACUACAUGACGCAACAUCACAGAAGACAGGCGCCUUCAUACUUGUUGCCAAGGGAACCUGAAAUAUCACCAUGUAAAUAAUGUAUAUAAUAUUUAUCUGUAUUAUUAUUGCUGUUAUUAAAACACAUGUUUACAA